AUGACAACUCAAUUUCCUAAAAUCAAGGUCAAAAACCCAGUUGUUGAGAUGGAUGGGGACGAAAUGACUCGUAUUAUAUGGCAAUUCAUCAAGGAUAAGUUAAUCUUGCCGUAUCUAGAUAUCGAUUUGAAAUACUACGAUUUGGGUAUUGAGUAUAGAGACAAGACAGAAGACCAAGUAACUGUAGAUGCUGCUAAUGCCAUUUUGAAAUAUGGUGUAGGUAUCAAGUGUGCUACAAUAACCCCCGACGAACAAAGAGUUGAAGAGUUUCACUUGAAGAAAAUGUGGCUUUCACCAAAUGGUACUUUGAGAAAUAUCCUCGGCGGUACUGUUUUCAGAGAACCUAUUGUGAUUGAUAAUAUCCCAAGAAUUGUUCCCAGUUGGGAAAAACCUAUCAUUAUAGGAAGACACGCAUUUGGCGAUCAAUAUAAGGCUACCGACAUUAUUGUACCAUCGGCUGGAGAGUUGAAAUUGGUAUUCAAACCACAAGGUAGCGACGAAGUCGUCGAGUAUCCCGUAUAUAAAUUCGACUCGGCUGGUGUUGCAUUGUCAAUGUACAAUACAGACAAGUCAAUCACCGAUUUUGCAGAAAGCUCCUUCCAAUUAGCCAUUGAUCGGAAAUUGAACUUGUUCUCAUCUACCAAGAAUACCAUAUUGAAAAAAUACGAUGGAAGAUUCAAGGACAUUUUUGAAAACUUGUAUGCUACCAAGUAUAAGCAAGAAAUGGAUAAACUCGGCAUUUGGUACGAACACAGAUUAAUUGAUGAUAUGGUUGCACAAAUGUUAAAAUCGAAAGGUGGUUAUAUCAUAGCAAUGAAGAAUUACGACGGAGACGUGCAGUCAGAUAUCGUUGCUCAAGGGUUUGGUUCCCUUGGUUUAAUGACCUCGGUAUUGGUAACCCCAGAUGGAAAAGCCUUUGAAUCGGAAGCCGCUCAUGGUACUGUCACAAGACAUUAUAGACAGCACCAACAAGGUAAAGAGACAUCAACCAACUCGAUAGCUUCUAUCUUUGCAUGGACUAGAGGUUUAAUACAAAGAGGUAAUCUAGAUAAUACUCCUGAUGUAGUUAAUUUUGCAAAGGAGUUGGAAAAGGCGGUUAUCGAUACCGUGGCAAUCGAUGGAAAAAUGACAAAAGAUCUAGCCUUGGCCCAGGGGAAAACCGAUAGGUCUAGUUAUGUUACCACCGAGGAAUUUAUUGAUGAUGUUGCCGCACGCUUGAAAAAGAACUUGAACUAA